AUGGCGACCACCGUCCCAGUCGAGGAGGAGUUUCGCGAGGAGAUGACGUGCAAAGAACGCGUUCGAAACCUCAUGGAGAAUCCCAGCAGCGGAAUGGCAGCGCAGGUUUUUCAUUACUUCAUCAUGGUGGUGAUCUUGGUCAGCACCCUUUGUGUCAUCAUUGAGACCGUUCCAGAGGUGUCUGGAAACCCCAUCUUCCUACCUGCGGAGAUGUGCUUCACAGCGCUCUUCACGGCGGAGUUUGCCUUGCGGCUCUAUGCCUGUGACAGCGUGGCAGAGUUUGCCACCAAUACCUUCAACAUCAUCGAUUUUUUGGCCGUUUUUCCGGGGUAUUUGAGCCUGCUGGGGGUCAUGUUGCGGCAGGACCAAGCUUGGAGAUUUGGUGAAUGA